UGGGCUCUGGCUUUCCACUGUGUUAAACAAGAUUAUGGGAUGGAUGCGGAUGGGAUGUGGAGCUUUCUCCCAGCCCAACCACGACGAGAGCGUAACGCAUAUUUGUCGGCUCGGAUGCAGCAGCAUCCUCUCAAAAGCCCUGCUUCAGCACAGUCAGUCAGACUGUCUGAGCCCGUAUAGGAUGCUGUAGAUGUGCAGGAGCCAGCCCAGCAGUGCGAGCCGUCCAGGCGACGAAAAGUCUCUCAACGAAAUGUAAUUUAGACCGCAUGGGAUCAGCUGUAAGAAUAAAGAAGGAGUAGGAAAAAAAGAAAGGGAAAAAAACUCUCUUCGAUUUCCUCGUUUUCAACUUGAUUCCGGAGCAAUGGGAGUCGUCGAUGCAGCUCCACACCGGCUUCAGAAGUUGGACAGCCAGAGAUUUAAAUGCCAUGACUCUUGAAUUUGGACAAGAUUUCCAGCGCAGAAACCAAAAAGGUGGACUUCUCCUUUUGUGCAUGUGACGUGUGUUUGGAGGGUUUUAUCUGAUCAACAUGUGGCACUUAAAUAACAGGCACCUUUAAUCUAUUUCUGAGCCAUGGAGGAAUAUUGAUCUCCAAAGAGCCCAUGGGUGCUGCUUGUUAUUCACAGUAAUGGAAUGAAGACACUAUCUUGAUAUGAUGGAUGAUAGAUCCAGUAAGCUGAUUUUGGUUCCUAUUUUAGCCGUGCUUUUUGUUAUGAUAGGCUACCAGUACAUAUGUCCUGCAGGCAGCAAUUCAUGCCACUUUAAGACUGAGGAGAAAUUAAGAGGGGUGAGUCUACUUUCAUCCUCGUAUCAGGACAGCGAUGAUUUCUACAGAGAUCAAGACCUGGAGGAUGACAGCCCUGCCAAACUGCCGUCCAAAUUCAACUUCACCGAAAGAGACCUUGACAGACACGUGGAGUUCAACAUCAAGGGGGACGACGUGAUCGUGUUUUUGCACAUCCAGAAGACCGGGGGAACCACUUUCGGGAGGCACUUGGUGAGGAAUAUUCGCUUGGAGCAGCCGUGCGACUGCAAGCCCGGACAGAAGAAAUGCACAUGUCACCGACCGGGGAAAGAGGAGUCCUGGCUCUUCUCCCGGUUCUCCACCGGCUGGAGCUGCGGGCUGCACGCAGACUGGACCGAGCUAACGAACUGUGUGCCUGUCAUUAUGGAUAAGAAGGAGGCCCAGAGGAAUAAAAGGAACUUCUACUACAUCACCAUGCUGCGCGACCCAGUCUCCCGCUACCUGAGCGAGUGGAAACAUGUCCAGCGAGGAGCCACAUGGAAAACCGCCCUCCAUAUGUGUGACGGACGCUCGCCCACCCAAGACGAGCUGCCCACCUGCUACAGCGGGGACGACUGGUCCGGUGUCACCCUGACAGAGUUCAUGAACUGCCCGUCGAACCUGGCCAACAACCGUCAGGUCCGCAUGCUGGCCGACCUGAGCCUGGUGGGCUGCUACAACCUGACCUCCAUGAACGAGAGCCAGCGCAAUCAAAUCCUUCUGGGCAGCGCCAUGAGCAACCUGAAGAACAUGGCUUUCUACGGCCUGACUGAGUUCCAACGCAAGACGCAGUACCUGUUUGAGCGGACGUUCAGCCUGCGCUUCAUCUCCGCUUUCACUCAGAUCAACAGCACGCGAGCCGCUAACGUGGACCUGAGCGAGCUCGUGCGCAGACGGAUCGAGGAGCUCAACUUCUUGGACGUGCAGUUGUACGAGUACGCGAAGGACCUGUUCCUCCAGCGGUUCCAGUUCACCCGCCAGAGGGAGCACCAGGAAGUGCGCUUGAAGAGGCGCGAGGAGAGGCGUUGGCUGCGGGAGCAGAGGGAGCAGGGCAGGCCGUGGCCGACCAAACACAGAGGAGGCGGGAACAAAGGAGGGAGAGGAGGCUUGGAGAAGGAAACUGACAAUGAUUUUCCAACCACUACUGAGGACUACACAAGCCAAGUGGCCCAUUGGUGAGGCUUUGUUCCCAUAAAGAGAGAGGAGCAAGAGAGAGCAGCUGAUGGAGACUCCUCACAGACUAGUUGAAACAUUUCCUUUGACUCUCUCUUGCACAUCUUGCGUCUCUCUUUGUGUCUCACCAUUAAUCUGUCUCCUGCAUCUAUCUGUUUUGUCAGCUUCAGUGUGAUCCGAGUGCUCCGCAAUCUCUUUACGAAAACUGCCAAGUCUGUGAGUCUCACAGCAGCUCUGUCUUGGAGUGCCCUUUGGUGUCUUAAAUCUUUAAAUGCUGUUCAUAUAUUUUGUCAUUUAAUUAUUGCCUUGGUUAUUUAUAUUUUGUUGAAUGAGAUUAUAAAUUGAGGGGAAAUAAGAAGAAGAGAAAAAACAAAAGAAGCUGCUAUAGAUAUUUUUAUUUUGACAUUCACUGCAAAACUGAUGAGCGUCAUUGAAUUUAUUGUGUACGUUGCAAAUGGCAGAAAACAUUUCAACUGAGAGUUGUAGAAGAAGAACUGAUGGUUGCAUGUCACACAUCCACAUUGUACUUACAAUUGGGAAGAAUGAUUUCCAAAAGAUAGACAGUGCAGAGGCAAAGUGAAUAAUGACCACAAUGUAUGUAUUUUAUUUUACUUUAAAGCCUCUCUUAAGACCACAUUUUAUGCAUGCAGUACUCAUCUUGAAAUCAAAUUAUAAAAGACUGUCUCUGAUGCUGAUAUUUUGUUUACAGUGCAAUAUACACUACCAGUCAAAAGCUUGAACACACCUUCUCAUUCAAUGUUAUUUUAUUUACUUUUACUACUUUCUACAUUGUAGAUACAUGCUGAAGACAUCAAAACUGUGGAGCAAGAUGUAUGGAAUUAUGUAGCAAACCUACAAUUGUGAAAUAACUCUAAAUAUGUUUUAGAUUUUAGAUUCUUCAAAGUAGCCACCCUUUGCUUCAAUAACAGCUUUUCAAACCUUUGGCCCUCUCUCAAUGAGCUUCAUGAGGUAGUCACCUAAUUUGAGGAAUUUAUUGCCUAUAUAGUGGGGUUAGGACCAUCAGUUGGGUUGUGCAGAAGUCAGUUUGGUCCACAGUUGACAGCUCUAUUUGACAACUGUUAGAAUCCAUAUUAUGGCAAAAACUGAUCAGCUAAGUAGAAAGAAACUACAGUUCAUCAUUGCUUUAAGAACUGAAGGUCAGAAAACUACAAAAACUUUGAGCGUAUCCCCAAGCGCAGUUGCAAAAACCAUCAAGUGCUACGAUGAAACUGGCUCACAUGACAACUGCUCGAGGAAAGGAAGACCAAGAGACACCUCUGCUGCUGAGGAUAAGUUCAUCUGAGUCACCAGCCUCAGAUACUGCAAGUUAACAGCUCCGCAGAUUAGAGCCCAGAUAAAUGCCACACAGAGUUCUAGUAGCAGACACAUCUCUACAUCAACUGUUCAGAGGAGACUCACCAAUCAGGCCUUUAUGGUCAAAUAGCUGCUACAAAACCACUACUAAGGAAAAGCAACAAGCGGGAGAGAUUUGUUUGGGCCAAGAAAUGCAAGGAAUGGACCUUAGACCAGUGGAAAUCUGUGCUUUGGUCUGAUGAGUCCAAAUUUGAGAUCUUUGGUUCCACCUGUCGUGUCUUUGUGAGACCAGAAAAGGUGAAUGGAUGGUCUCUACAUGCAUGGUUCCCAUCGUGAAGCAUGGAGGAGGAGGUGUGAUGGUGUGGGGGGGCUUUGCUGGUGACAUUGUUGGGGAUUUAUUCAAAAUUGAAGGCACGCUGAACCAACAUGGCUACCACAGCAUCCUGUAGCAACAUGCCAUCCCAUCUGGUUUGCAUUCAGUUGGACCAUCAUUUAUUUUUCAUCAGGACAAUGACCCCAAACACACCUCCAGGCUGUGUAAGGGCUAUCUGACCAAGAAGAAGAGUGAUAGAGUGCUGCGUCAGAUGACCUAAACCCAAUCGAGAUGGAACUCUCGAUGAAGCGCAGAGUGAAGGCAAAAGGGCCAACAAGUGCUCAGCAUCUCUGGAAAUUCCUUUAAGACUGUUGGAGAAUCAUUUCAGGUGACUACCUCAUGAAGGUCACUGAGUGAAUGCCAAGAAUGUGCAAAGCAGUAUUCACAGCAAAGGGCUGCUAUUUUGAAGAAUCUAAAAUAUAAAACAUGUUAUGACUUUGUUCACACUUUUGUGUUUACUAUAUAAUUCCACGUGUUCAUUCAUAGUUUUGAUGCCUUCAGUGAGAAUCUACAAUGUAAAUAGUCAUGAAAAGGUGUGUCCAAACUUUGGACUGGCAGGUUAUAUUACAUUCUCAAGUGCAGAACCUUGCAGACUUUAAAACCUCUCUCGAAAGACGACACAAAGGCAGUCCCAUGGCGGUCAGACGGCACGCUGCUGUGAGUCAUUUAUUUUUGAAGAAGUGGGUUGCAGAGAUUUAAAAAAAGUUGGUAAAUAAUACAGGUGAUGAAAUGUGUCAGUGUGGCUGGUAUGUGGCCUGACUGUGAAUGAGUUGAUCAGCAUUCAGCGCUCAUGCCCCUCCCCGUCACACUGGCUGCUUUUACAUAUUUGUAGAGCUGACGGCAUCUGCACUGUGGGCAGUGAGAGCGCUCUAACAGCAGCAGAGUGCCAGGGUACAAAGACGAGCCUCAAAGCAGAUAGACGAGAAAUAAAACAUUUCUGUCAUUCCCCUCCGCCUGAUAGUUUCCAGCCCCUCAAAUCCAGCUUGUUUUUUUAUCUGGUUAAAUAGGCUUCAGUGGCUGUGAUGCUUUUUAUGUCUCUUAUCUCUUUUUCACUCGCAGCCCUUUGCUUAUCAAAUGCUCCGUAAAUGUCAACACUGAAGUCAUAUAGCGGCUGCUAUUGUAACAGUAAUUUCUCAUGUUUCUACUCUGAUUGCAGUUGCUUAUAAAAUACCUCAUGUGGCACCGUUUUGGUUCGUUUUGUUCCGUCUCGUCUGAGUGAUCCGUCCAGCUGGUGCAGCGAAUGUGUGGUUUGUGGUGUUUGGAGCUGCUGGGACGUGUUCUGGGGGCAACUGUCUGUGUGGAUGCACUAGUGUCUGUGUGAGAUUGUAAGUGUAUGGAUGGAUGGGGCACAGGAAGAUGAAGUGUAUAGCAUAUAGAUAACAACCAAUUGUUUCAAGUGUAGCUAACCCCCUUGCAACUCUAAGUACUGAAUUGUCCUUUGCAUAAUAGAGCCCAUGUAACAUUCGUGAAGCAGCAGUGGAAUAUUAUGACAAGAACAUCUAAUUUCAUAACAAGCCAUUGAUGAUAGGUAAUUUGGGCCCUUUUCAUCUUAAAAGCAUUAUAGUUAAAUGUAAAAAUCCCUCUGAAAUGCGUUGCCGUUUUGAGAGAAAUUUUCAAGCAGAGUGUAAAGUACUUUUAAAUUUUGUUAUAAUACAGCACUUUAGCAAAUGUGCUUUGCACCACUGAAUUUGAUUGACAGCGCUCUGGCGUUCCAACCCAGUCAGCAGAACAUAUAGAAGAAGCUCUCUCUUGAAAAGCAACGAAAACUGCUGCAAUGUUCACCAGACGACCACGUGUUCGUCUCGAAUGUUUACUUGCAAUGUAAUAUUUUUUUAUGCUCUUUUCACAUAAGAUGACAUGACAUGUCACAGUAAGAAAAGCACAUGUGUAAAUAAUAAAACACGUAAGUGUAUUCCAUUUAUCUGCUUGUUUUCAAGGUCCUGCCAUCGUAACACUUGUGCUCUUCUUACUAUGAAAAUGUCUAUUGUAGCCUAUUGAAAAAAUUUGAGCACCUCUUCAACCAAAUACGCAGUGAAAGCAUUUACCGUUAGUUCUAUUGCAGUUGAAACAUGAGGACAUUUAUUAUAGAAUCCCUAAAGGACAAGUUUGUUUUCCUUUGUAUCACUUUAUAAUACAGCCUACAAUUUACAGAGGGUUUCAUUGUGCAGUAUGAAUACAGGACUAUGUACGACAAUAAUGACUGCAGGAAACAAGAAGAAAUACGGUACAUAAUGUGGAACCAUUCUUUUAAAAGAAAGUUACAUGCAGCGCUGCUGUGUUGCGAAAUUACAAUGUUCCCCAGUGAUAGAUGGCAAGAGCAGUAGAAAUGUCAUAUAGGUAUUAAUGAAACACUUGGAAAUGUGCUAGGAGCCCAGGAUUUGUCAGUAUGCAUAUGUGUGAGUGGUGGAGUGUGUGUGUAUGUGUGUCUUAUCAUUGAAUUAUUGUAAAGUCAAUAAAAUUCACAAACCGUGCAUUCAUUGCCUGGAUAUAAUCUAAAAAAUAUAUAUAGAGAUAAAAGCUCACUUUUAAAGGUCUCAUUUGUUCAUGAGCAAUUUUUCUCCUAGUUGCAGUUUGCCCUUUUUGUACCGAGCUUUGUCUAUGCCAGCCCUCUCUGCUUAUUACCUUUCUGGGCACAGAAAAUAUCAAAGUUGAACAGUUAAAGACUAAAACAUGAAUAUGCUGUUGAAAUUCAGGCUUCUCAUCGCUGUGAUUUCUGCACAUCCGCUUCACCAAAUGACGUCCUGCAAGACUUUCCACCCAUUAGAGAGGUGCAGUUCAGAUUAAGAUGUAAAUAAAGUGAUAAAAAAAUAAAACAUGGAUUCGCAAUCAAAAUUAUACUGCCAUUCCCAGAAAUGUGUGACAUGCCACUUCUUUUAAAGGAGUUUAAUGAACAUGUACUGCCACUCCAUGGAAGCGCAUUUCUCUGAGAGCUGAUUUAUCUGUUUAUUUAAAUGGUUUGAACAGCUGAAGAAUGGCUUUGGCUGAUGGUAAUCGGUAAUGACGGAGGAGAGCUUUCUCGGUAUAAGAAUUUCUAUGUACAUAUUAAAAGUCUUGUGAUGAAAAGAACAAUCUAAAAGCCUUUUGGCGUGUUAUAUUUAAUCUGCCAGUUUUUCUUGUCAGACCUGAAAAAAUGAGUGAGUUCUGCUUAAACACAUCAGAAAUAAAUGCAUCGAAUGGCCAUGA